AAACAUGAGAGCUGUGGACAUCACUGGAACUGAAGACUGGCAUGGUAUUUACAAGUGGAUGUAAACUUUUGACCAUGACUGUACUUGAGUAAUGCAGGAUUUCACAGUCAUGGAGUUUUUUUUAAGACAGUCUGCGAGUCAAGCGUUGGCGUAUAGUUCCACCUGUCUGUAGAGUCAAGUAGCCUGGGUUUGUCCACGCAGGUCAACGGUGUUGCAGAACUUUAUGCGGAUGGAGGACUUCCUUGUAGCAGCGGGGGUGGAGACUCCUGAGGAGGCAGGUUUCACUCACCGUCACUUCCCUGUUGGCACAGUGUGGAAGGCAGCAGGCACAGCUGGACACUGACUGAGCUCUCAGCAGCCUCUUAUCCAGGAGCACAAGGUGAGCAGUGUGAAUGAGUAGAGAGGAUUUAUCAGGUUUCUCUGCUGAACUAUCCAACCUGUAUGAACUGACCUGACCGACGUGCACAUAGGCCCAGGAAUGCUUUACACUGAGUUAUUGCAGUUGUGGAAUGAGGCAGUGCAGGCGGUGGACACCAAGGACUGGCAAGGAGCUCUGGCCACACUGGAGCAGAUCAGUGAACCCACCUCUCGCACUCUGUUCAAUGCUGCCUCAGCUCACCUGGCUCUGGGUCAGCUGGAAGAGGCCGUGAGGGCUUUAGAUCUCACCCUUGCCAAGGAUGAACGUCUGGCUGUUGGUUUCUUCCAGAGAGGAGCAGUGAUGAUGCAGAUUGACAGGUUGGAGGAGGCUCUGUCCGACUGUAUCUGGGCACAGAAGCACAUGAGAGGGAACAUGGUCAUUGACUACAAACAGCUGGGACUGCGGUUCAAACUGUACAGCUGGCAGGUGUUGCAUAAUGCAGCGGCUGUGUACUGUCGGAUGGGCCAGUGGGAGCAGGCCAGGGAGGUCCUGAUGUCAACCUCCCAGGAGAGAGGAGGAGGACGAGGGGGAAACUUAGAGGUGGCUUUGGACAGCGUCCUGAGGGGGGAAGUCCUGGCUCCUCUCUUGGUGCCUGAGGGUGUGGUCUUUCGUCCCAGGAAACAGGAUGUGGAGCAGCUGCCGCAAAGAGACUUCCUGGGCAAGGCAAAGGUGAUUUCCUCCAUUAUUCCUAAUGAUGAUUUUGGAGGCUUUGAACCUCUGAGGCUGCAGAAACCUGGUUUCUACGAGCCCAAGAUGGCUGGAGCGGAGGAUUCUCGAUACAUGCGCAUGCGGGUCCCUUACAUGGCUCGGGGCCCGGGACAGCUGACUGUGCCAGGAGGGGCAAUGGUGUUUUUAUUUGGCGAGGAGGACAGGGAUGGAAUGGCAACUGUCAUAUAUGAUGGAGAGAGAGGACUUCUGCCAGUGUCCCUGCUCGAGCCUGCUGAUGUCAAGAUGUCCAAAGGCAAAAAGGAAAAUAGCAUUCCCAGAGGGAUCCCUCUCCCACCAGGACUCAAGCCACCCACUCGCCCCAAGGCUCAGCCCAGUUCUGCAGCACCUCCUCGUGUACGUAUUACCUCAGACACUCCACCUCCAUCCUACGCCACUGCCACCCACGCGCCGCUGCCAGCCGCAGAGCCUCCGAGGUACACAGCCAACACAGCCAGCAAUCAGAAUGACGGUGGAUCUCAGGGAGCAGAGACAGGCUCUGUUGUUGUGAAGGUCCACUACAUAUACACUGUGGCUCUGUCUGUCCCUCUGGACACACCGCACAGUAAACUGAAGGAACAAAUUGCACAGAAAUUGGGCCAGCCAGUGUCUCAGCUGCGCCUCAGACACAAGCAGCAUGGCUCCAGGGUGCUGAUGCCUCUGCGUGGGGAGGAUGAGCCAGGCUACACCAUACAAGAGGUUGCUGAGGCUGGUAGAGCCACCCUAUGGUGCCAGGCUGAGGACCCCUUGGCCAACCGUACCAUCCUCUACCAGAUGGUGGCACUGUAUGACUACACUGCUCAGGGCCCAGAGGACCUGGAGUUCAGUGAAGGAGACACCAUUGACAUCCUGGGUGAAGUUAAUGACGAGUGGCUGGAGGGACACUGUGCAGGUAGUAUCGGCAUCUUUCCCAGCUGCUUUGCCUACAGGGAGAACAUGGACAUCAUCCAGAGCCUCGAGUUAUAAAGGCAGGUGUGUUCCUGUGCAGUCAUCUCUAAUAAGCCAACGAACCUGUGAAUGGCUGCUGUUUGCAGCCUCAGAACAACACAACAGUGCACUCACCAAUGACUGUCAUGCUUUCAAAUGUUCCUUCUCAUAUGCUACCAUUGUAAUGCUGAUGUCAUGGCUCACUAUGACUAUUGUAUGUUUAUAUUAAACCUGCUGUACUUUUUCUGUUUUUUUCUUUUCUGUGGUGUAACUUUGAUAAUCCUGUUGAAUCCUGUUGAAUGAACCAGGGUUACAAUGAUGCUGGUCUCUCAACCCCAAACUGAGGUUGUUCGGUACAGGAGGGUCUAAUGUUAUAUCCCGAUACAUUGUCUUAAUGAAGAUGCUGAAACCUUUUAAAUCAAUGUGUACUUAAUGAUUGAAUAAAAAAAUAUAUUGUGAAUUUACCAGUGA